GUGGCAGCCCUGCUAACCGUGAUGAAGGCCCCACCCGCCCCCGCCCUGCUCCCCGACCUGCCCACGUCACCCCAGCUCCAGGCUGACCGGGUAGCGGGAGGAGCUUGUCCCCAGGGUGCUCCCACUGCAGACCGGGCUGGCCCAGCCGAGACGAGGACCGUCCUCCCCGUCCACGGCGGCCCUCACAGAGCUGACCCGUCGGGGUCCAGAGCCUGUGGUCGCCUCCCCGACCCCAUCUCCCCCACAGGCCCAGCAGCGUCCGCCGUGGCAGGGAUUCCCAGCCCGUUUCCUGAACCCCACUUCUGCGGCACCUGGGAGAUUUAUCUGGAAGAAGCAAACGCGAUCAGAGCCAGGCGGGCAAUCCACGCAAAGACGGCGCCCGCAGCACCGCCCACUGCGCCCGCGGCCGCAGGAGAGGCACAGCGCAGGGCACACGCCCGUCCUCCCAGGUACUACGGCGGCUGAGGCAGGAGGAUCUCCACACUGAACCCAGCCUUGGCAAAUUACCAAGACCCUGUCUCAAAAUUAAAGAUGAGAAAAGGCAGUCACUGCCCCCGCCGCAGACCCCUCCGGACUUCCGGCCGUGAACUCGGCCCUGCGUGGGAGGCACCGUCCCUGGAGACGCGCAGGCACCCCUUCCGCACCGCCCCGCCUCACGUGAGCUGGCGGAAAAAAAUCCUUAAAGGUCAAUGUCUAUAAUUGAAUUUUCCUCCAGAUAAAAAUAGCAUCUUUGUAA